GAUGAUUGGGGGCUGCUAGGCAUUGCUGUAAUGCAGGGAAUAAACUUAUCCGCUUUGGAGUUCCUUGCGCUUUCCUCUGAUACUUCAGAGACAGUAAACUGAGCUAGAUGGACAUCAGUCUACCCAGCUGUGGCAAUUGCUCUGUCUCCUUCUCUUCUCUCUCUGAUCUGCCUCACCUCUUCUCUCUCAGGGGCAUGGCCACAGGUCUUCACUGUGGGUCCUCAGAGCUGCUUGGACAGCUGAUGUGGGACUAGUCCCCACAUCCUGGAGACGCUUUAGUUUUUUUUUCUGCCUCCUGUAGCAUCUACUACAAGAGAGAGAAUUAAAAAGCAAAACAAACAAAAACACGCUGAAGAGUCGAUUUGUCUCCUGCCUGGAAUUACUGUAACCCCUUCCCCCUGGCAGCUCAGAGUAGGAGGAUGGUAGAGAGAGGUCCAAAUGGAAGACCAAAGCUAUGUUCCUCCUGCUCUGUAUCCCUCCUGGAGGAUGGAGAAGGAAUGGUGAGUGCAUUGUGCACUCCAGCUGUCUCAUCUGAAAGAUGUAAAGCAAGUUUGUAUUCUCUGAAAUGGCAACAAUCUGCCAAACACACGGUGGGGGGCUCAACCAGUGUCACCUGCGCAGCAUAGGCCGCAAAGCUUCUGUCUCCGGUGUUGCAGAGGUUAUCCAUUUCUAUAAGGCAGUUACCCUGAUUGGAAGAAACAAAGAUGUUGUGGACUAUUUCAUCAGUUGUCCAGUUUCAGAGAGAAGAGAUUACAUUUCCCGGACUCAUGCUAGAGUGAUUCGAACCAAUGAUACUUACAGACUUGUGGAUUCCAGCUUGACAGGUGUUUAUGUGAAUGAUGUUAGAAUCAAUGGUACAGUUAGCUUGCAGGAAGGAGAUACUGUGACCUUUGGACAUCGUGCAGGGAAUGGUAUCAGGCCUGGAACACAAGUUCGUCAGCCAAAUUCAGAAUUUUACUUUCUGUUUGAACAUUGUUACUGUAGGAUCGAUCAGUUGCGAACUGCACGUGGAGAGGUGAGGAAUUCACUACCACAGAUUCAGUUACCGCUGUUGACAUCUCCUGAAGUACCACCAGUGUACAACUCAGGUCUGGUCUUUGAGAACAAUGUUGGCCUUCCCAUUAUAUCCCAGCUGGCAUGGACUUCUCAAUUAGUCCAAAAUAGUGGAGCUCCAUCUAAAUCUAGCACACGCUGUGGUGAUAAGCAGCCUCCUACAGUCGGUGUGACUCUGCCAUUAACAUCAGCUGGCUCAGUACUAUCUUCAGUGAAGUCUUCUCUGUGUACAAAUUCUGUUAAUGUGACUUCAGACAAAUUAGAAAUGCCUGCAACAUCUACAUCAACUGCAACACCAGAUACUUCUUUGGAAGACUACACUAGACCUAAUUCUCAGAUUGUGCGUUCUGCUUCACCUGAAUAUGUCCAUAGGAAGGGUUCAACAGUCACUGCAGAGCCUUCUCAACAAAGUGUCUUUGAAACUGUACAGUCGUCUUUGUUUCGGGAAAAUGCUGCAAGGACAGCAGAACUGGCUAAUUCUGACUUUCCCUGUGUGAAACCAAGUGGAGCCCAAGCAUGCACAUCAGAAAGCAUGCCAAAGUUUUACAGACCAUUCCUGGAUGAGAGACAAGACAGUGGUGAAACGGAAACACAACUUCCUGCUGUAACUUGUUAUAAUCGAGAACCGUCACCGCCUUUUCCUCACUCAAGAGUUGCUGUAGAGACACAUGACAGUGACCCAAGUGGAAGAGCUAUUGUCAGAGCUAGUCUUUCUGAUAACACUCUAGAUCUUUCAGACUCUUUUCUAGUAGAAAGUGGAGGCAACCUUGAUUCCAGCCCACUGGCUCCCGUAGCUGAUAAGUCAGUGCUUGGAAGUUGUGCAAACUCUGACGAUGAUGUAGUGAUGGAGAUCAACGUUAUUAACAGCACUGAAGAAACAGCUAAACAUGAAACUUCUGGGAGUUCAGAACCUUGUAUUCAAAUACAAGUCACAGAAGUGAUAAACGAAGCUAUGAAAAAUGUUCAAGUGCCAUCAGUCACUGGCUAUAAGGUGAAUUUAAUGGAAAAGAAAAGAUCAACAGAAGAAGAGAAUAGGUAUUCAUUGGAGCAGUGUAUUGUUGAUGCUUGUGUCGAAGAAACUCCAUGUGUGGCUGUAUCUGUUACUGGUGCUGAAACCUGUGAAUCCCAUUCAAAGAAAAAGGAUAGUCUUCCUGUAAAUAGCUUGUCAGAGUUGGUUAUUGUUGCAGUAGAAAACUGUUUAGAAAACAGUGACUGUAUAACAAUAAACACUGUCCCAGAAGACAUUGCUUUGGGUAAAGAUCCAGAUGGUAGGUCUCCUGCAAAAGAAGUGGUGAGUCCAAAGAAACUAGUGAAUGCAGAUGGUAAAACCUGUGUAGAAGAGUUGGGUUUGUCUUCUGAAACUGCUAUGACCACAGACAGAACUCGGGAAGUAAGCAUAUCAUUUGUGCCAGACUCAGAACUUCCACAUAGUGUUUGGCAUUCUGAGAUCAAAAAUGAGAUCUGCAAAGAUAAGCUGACUUCAGUUGUUAUAAAGCAAAACAGCCUUAUGCCAAAUGAGGAAGCAAUAAAAGAAAGUAGUGAUAUUGUAGGAAGUGACAGUUGUUCCUUGGCUGACAGAGAAUUGGAAACUUUAAAUAAUAUCUUAGAUAUGGAAAUUCAGAAGCCUGAAACUACUUUGGACAUUCAAGAAAGAGCUGAACCUAGCAAUGAUAAAAUCAUGAUGAUAUCAAACAGAGAAGUGGGAGAAAUGCACAGAGAUCAUGUUUUUGAAGAGAAGUUGCAAAAUGCUUUAGAUCAGGACUACAUGCUUUCAGACACUGGAAUAAUUAACCUAGAAUGUCAGAACUCUUCUGAUGUUCUUAAAGUUCUGACAAUGUGUGCAGCAAAAGAAAUAUCCAGUUCUGAUUGUGAUAUUGGUUCUGCUAAAUCCCAAGAAAAGGAGGAUGACAAUGUCAGUGGGGUUGCCUUAUUCCAGAGCAGUGUUACAGAACAAGUUGUCUCUAGAGCCAGUGGAACAAAGAUUGUCCAGUGUCAGGAUAUGCCUCAUUCAGAAGAGGAAGAAUCAUCAGUGGCUUCUCAUGUGGCAGUGGAUGGGCUUGUAACAAAGAUGUUGCAAAACAAUCCAGAGCCCACAGCACCAGAGAACCUGUCCUUGUGUGCACAGAAUAUCUCAGACUAUCAUGUAUCUUCUCCUUCUAAACACCAUAUCCUAUCUAAAGAUAUAUACUUGGAAGAUGUAACUAAUGAUUCUUCCUGUAAUUGUAUGCCAUCUUCCUCUAGAUCUUUGUCCAGUGAGAGCUCACCUCACCAAUCAGCUCCAAAGGAAGAGGAAUCAUAUAAAUCAGGGGCAGUUGUCAAACCUUUGAGCGGAACAUUUUGCGGUUUGCAGACCACAGUAGUAGAAAUGACUUCUCCUGAGUAUCCUUGCAGGUAUGAAGACUCUGGAGCUUUUACAUCUGCCAAGAGGUCCAUUAGUGAAACAGUGAGCCAGGAAAUGAACAUCCAGUCAUUGUCUCAAAAUGAACCUGAAACUUCUGUGAAACAGAAUGCAUGCAAUAAGGCAAAUAUUUCUCAUGCCACUGUGUGUAUAGAGUCUGAAGGCUUUCAGACAGACCACGUAUGUAUGAUUACAUCAGUAUCUACAAAAGGUGUGCCACAGGAGGUCAGUGAUUUGGGUAUCCAUAAAAUACAUUUGGAAGUGAGUGCUUCUGAAGGGGAUGAAGAGCAAACCGAUAUGAAUGUAAAUGGCAUCUCUUUAACAAUGGAUAGUCAUGUUAGAUACGGAGACAAAGAUGAGAGUGAAUCAAAGAUGAAUUCCAUGAAUACAGAGAUGAUAAUAUCUUCAUUUACAGAUUGUGUUGAAAUAUCAUAUGCAGAAGUGGGAACUCAAACUAGGCUAAUAAAUGAGAGGGCAAUAAACUUACUGGCUACAAAACCCGCAGUAAAUGGAAACAAAAAUAGUGUGUCAAACACUAGUAUCUGUGAGGAAGAAGUAAACAUGUCUGUGGACACACAUUUGAGUCUUCAACAAUUUUCAGAGGCGUAUGAAAGAACUAUACUGGAUAACAAUGCAAGUAAAAAUUCCUGGCGAGAGGUCUCCAAACAGAUGGAGUUAGAUUCCAAAGCAGAGGAAAAGUUGCCUUCAGAACCAUGGUUAGAAACUUUUGACGGAAAAACAGUAUUUGUAGCUUCAUGUUCUUCUCCAAAUAAAGUGACAUUUUUGGAAAACACACAGAAAUUGGUGGAAGUGAUGAAUCCUGAGUCACCGAUUGAAGUAGGUGAAGAAUUUCCUGAUCGGUGUCUGCUGCAGAAGAGUGACUGCACUUUGGAAAGAAAGAGGUCUCCAGGGAAACAAGAGAACGGGUCAUAUAUUUCUGUGUUUUCUUCCAAUUCUCUUUCAACCUCUAACACCAAGUGUAUUAAAACAGUUGGAAUCCUUGUCGGCCAUACUUUGGAUUCCACUCUUAAUGAUAAUAAUGAGAUGCACGAUCCUAAUUGCCAGGAACUGAAAACUGCUUGCUCGGUAGUGGAUGAUACAGCAUCAGGGGAGCAGCAGCUUGAUCAGUCAGCUAGUAUUGAGAAUACAUUUUGUAUAAAGACAGAUGAAGAUAGUGUCGAAAGUAAAGUGAUAAUGAAAAUACCUGGAGAGAGACAUGACUCAGGAACAGCCAUUAAUGAUAGCAUAAUUGAACAACAGAAAAAUAUAAAAAACAAAAGUAUAGAUAAAGAGAUGGAGAUUAUGGCAAAUGUGUGUGUUGGACAAACAAAUCUUAAUCACAGCAGCAUUACAGAAGGACCCACAAACAGGCUGGAAGGGAAUACAGCGUAUUACUCUUCAGAAUUAGAGGGUGUAACAGCAGAUGAUCUUUCGCUAUUAUGCUUAUCCAAACAGACUUCUCUAGUAGUAGAAAGAAGCUCUGACUUUAAUGAUUAUUUCUGUUCACAAAGACAGUCCCCUUACUCUGUGAAUAAAAGGGACAUGGGAAACAAUCCAGAACCUGUAAAUGAUUACGGCUUGCCCCAGCAGGACACCAGGAAUGAAGAAGAUAUGAAGUUGAAUGGUGAAAAUAAAGUUGAGGCAGUAAACCAUAAAUGGAGUGUAAAAUCAGUUACACAGGAAAAAGAUAAAGUGGAAUUUAAGCACACUGAUGCACAUUUUAGUGAGCUUGAUUUGGGAACAUUGAAUAAUUACCUAGAGGAUAGUAAGAACUCUUCUGUUAGCUCUGCCCAUUUGGAAUUACAACAGCGAUCUAGUGCAUUCCGUGACCCCCAGAAGACAGAUUCCCAUGCCGGAGAGUCCCAGUAUUUGGAAAGUAACAUAGCCUUGAAAUCCGAAAAGGAUCCUGUGAAACAAUCACUGUACCCAGAGGACUUUGUCAUAGACAGUGAUUUGAAGAAGCUGUGUGAACAAAAUAUGACUACUGAAAUCUUGACACCAACUGGUUUGGAAAAGAGUAUUCAAAAUAGUAUAUGCCAAGAGGAAGGUGGAAUCAAACUACAAACUUCUGAAAUGGACACACAACCAUACAGUGUAGACAGAAAUGAUCUUGCGGUCGGGAUGCAGGCUGUUGCAUUUGGAAAGCCUGAAUCUGCCAAAGAAAAUAUAGCUGAAAACCUCCUAAAGGAAAUUGAAACUGACCCUACAGAGGGGUCUGAGUUAUUCAGUGCAGAGGAGCUUAAUUUAUAUAUCUCAGAUUCUGAAGUUGAAAAGGAAAAGGAGGAAGAAAAUAGCAUGAGAAUGAAAAAUGCAACUGAAAUGCAGUAUGAAAGAAGCAAAAUCCUGAAGGAAAAGGACACUGUCAUCUGUGAUCCAGACAGUGUUUCUAACAGCAUUAUUCUGCAAGCUGACUUGGACUGCAAACCAAAUGAAGAUCAGCUAAGCAGAGUGAUUGAAACAGAUGAUAUGAAAUCAAUGAUAGGUACAGAAAAGUCAACAGAUACGAGUUUGGAGGAAAAAAGCUAUUCUUUUUGCAAUGAUCUAAGUGAAGUUAGAAUUGCUGGACCUGAAAAUUGUAGCACCGGCAUGAUGGCUGGUGAAUUCAGUCACUUAGUAAAAAGCCCAACACUGAGAGAAGAAAAAACGGAGAACCAAGCAACUGCAGAACAUGAGCUUGGGCCAUUAUGUUGUCCAUAUAAUUCUAUAGAAUUUCCCUGUGUACCAGGAAGCCAGAGAGAGAUGGAAGCAGUGCAAGGCAUUGCAGAGAUUGGUUUGAAUAAGGGAGAUGCAGGUUGUUCAGAUGAACAUGUAGGAAAUGCUGAUUCUAAUUCUAUCCAAGCUGGAAAAAAUCUAGAGAAUCCAGAGCCUGAGAAUAGAUUGCUUGAUGGUUGCAUUCAGGAACUAGAUGUGGGGACACGAGCUGCACCUCUUGGAGCCCUAAAUACUGUCAAAAACUCUCCGGUAAAUGAAAUGCUGACCAGCUUCUGUGCAGAAAAAGACGAAUUUAAUCAGAAAACAGAAACAAAUGAACUGGUGUAUAUGCAGCAAGAAAGCAAAGACUCUGAACCCCUGAAAUCCCAAGCAAAGAUAUGCCAGCCCACAGGAUGUGCAGACUUUUCUGAAGGCAGUAACGAAGGUUUAACUGUUUCAGAGUCUAACUUUAUGAACAGAAUGGAAUCUCAUAAAGAGGAGACUAAAGAUUCUCAGAAUAAAGAAGCAAACAAAAAUAAUUCUUUCAGAACACUGAAAAGACACAUUAGUAGAAGAGAAAAUUCUGGAACUUCAGUUUCUGAAGAUGAGCAGUGCUCCCAAAAGAGAAACUGCCCUUUGGGGUCUCUUUCCAUGCAGCAGUCUGUAUCUGACCUGCCCAGUCCUAAUGUAAUCUUGUUUUCCAUUCCCACUGAUUUGAAGGAGUGUCAUGAUCGGUUUGUUAGCAGUAGUGUCAAGCAGUUCUUUAAAAAAUACCCCAUUCUUCAAACUGCUCAGCAUGUUGAUGAAAUGGAGAAGGAAAGUAGUAAAAAUAUUGCCCAACUGGUGAGAGAGUUUUUUAAAAAAACAAAUGACUAUGAGAACCCGGUAAAUGAAAACAUAAAACCUGAAAGGUUUGUGCCACCCAUUGAAAGUAAAGUAGAAGAAGACACUGACUGUAAAUCUGUAGGUGAAGUAGACCAUGAUGACCUUACAAGGAGAGAUGGAAGCAGUUUACUUCUAUUUUCAAGUAUUGAACCUCAAGUAAAUGGAAAACAGUCAGUUAAAUUAAUAUCUGAGUCCCAGAGUCUCCCCCUUGACGGUCAGUUUGGGUUUACUGAACUUGCUGCCAGUUCAGCAGAUUCAUGGACUGAUGUACUAGAAAAAGAUGUGGUAAGUAAAAUUCCAGAAAGCCCAAGUGCAGAUUCCCUGUCUGAAGAGGAACAGUUUCAGUCUAGGGUGUAUUUAGCGUUAGAUAAUCAAUAUUCUUCUGAUAAAUCUCCCCAGAAGUCUCCUGAUGUAGAUUCUGAACAGAGCACCAAAAUCAAAGAUUUGGACUUCAUAUUCUCUGACACAUCGAAUAGCACUGGUGAAAGUGAAAGUGAGCAUCAUCAGCUUACCCAAAAACUAAGUAGCAGUAGUUCUAGUGGAACAGGUGGGCUUCAUGAAGGUAUUUGCAGUGACAAUUGCAAAGCAGCUGGUCUUGACACACAGUCAGGUUUUUCAUGUAACUCCUUAGAAGUCUCAGCUGUAUAUUGGAGUGAUGAUGACACAAAUAUAACUUCAGAUCUCAUUGCGACAUCUAGAGAAAGCAGCCAGUGUGUUACAAGUAACUUUCCACAGCAGUUGGAGUCAGAAGACCAUGUUGAAAGCAUCAAAGACAAAAAAUACAUGCCAGUACUUCACCGAGCUGAGAGAACACUUGAUGGUGUCAAAACACCCAAUAUCGAAGACUUAUCAGUGCCUGCAUUCUGUGCAAAUUCAGUAACUGGGGCCGUUCCUAGUUCACAGAAGAUCACCUUGAAGGUAGAAAGUGAUGCAGACCAACAUAAAGUCCCUGAAUUUGAUGCUCACAACAACACGCAAAAUGGUGAAAUCUCCUGUCUUCAAACAAAAUCUGCAUGCUCUCCCUUCAAAGAUUUAACACCUGCAGCCACAGUGGAUUGGAACAUUAACUCACCUAUACAAGAACAAAUUACAUCCCAUGUAAGACUAGGCGUUAAUUCCCAGAUGCAGUUGAAAAGAAAGCUUUCUCAUGAGGAGCAUGACGACACUGGUAACACAAGCAGCAUUUCCCCUCUAUCCAAAAUGUGUCACCCUGUCAUUGCAAUUUCUUCAGAGUCUGCCGAUGAGGAACCAGUACCAAAUCAAAAGGAAAUUGGCACUCCUGAUGCUUUAGGAUCAUGCAGCACUUCUCAGACAAGCCUUACUGAACAUGUUACCCAAACGCCAUCCAAGUCUGAAGCCAAGCACUCUUUAUCACUGCAGAAGCUGAAAAGUUCAUAUGCAUCCAUCCCUCCUCCUGCAGUCAAAGUGGGCAGUGCUUCUCAGAAGGCUAUAGAUAGUAAUGUAAGGAGAUGUCUUCAGAGCUCUUAUUUAAACAGUCAGUUGGAGCUCUCUUCCUUUAAGCUUCCUCCUCCUGAGGCAAGUGAUUCUGCUGAGGUGAUUAAUAGCCGCCAUGAGAGAACUGACAAAGAGGAGGACUUUGCUGAAGAUGACCAGCAAAACCAGAAAGGACAAACUAACCUAUAUGAUUACAUGGAUGGAAGAAUUGCUUCAGAGCCUUGUAUUGCAGUGGGAUCAAAAGACCCUAGUGACUUACUACUAAAAUCAUUAGUAGUCUGUAUGAGCAGUGUGCCAAAACUAGAGGUUAUGGAUUUGUCUAGGUCAGCAUUGAACAAUUCAGCAUGUGAACCUACUCUCUUUCCUGCUUUCAAAGAAGAAAAUCUGCAGUGUUCUCUGCAAGUACAAACACUUUCUGACACUUCUGAUCAUUGCAGCCUGGACUUCAGGGAGUAUCCUACAACUCUCGUUCCAGUAAUCUCAACUGUGCACAAAUGUGGUGCCUCAGAGACUUCAGUAAGCUCUCUGCCCGACCAUUCGUUUCAACCAGUGUCUGUAGCAAAUCUUCAGAUUCGAGACAUGGUCCUCUCUCCAUGUAAGUUUAGCCAGCAAGCUUUGAAAUGUGUUUGCUCUUCAGAUGAAGCUUCCUGUCAUUCUGAGGAUUUAGGUGAAGAUAUGGAAGAAUUCCCAUCCAUGUCUACAGAGAGUUCAAGUGCUAUUGGCCUCUUGUCUGAAACCAAAAAUCUAGGCAAUCUCUCUGAUGCUGAAAAUUCUGCUCCCAAAGCAAGUUCCAGUAAUGCAAACAUAAUGGAGAGUGAACAUCAGAAAGCCUGGGCUUUAUCAGAGGGGGAUAUUGAGUUCCAGUUGAGUCAAUGUCAAACUGUGCUUGAUGAAAUUUCCCAGACUCUGUGUGCUGUGGAGGGCAUUGAUGAAGUGCACAUGGAGGAAUGGAGAGAGCAGAUUGAAAAGUUGCAGAAAGAUACAAAAAUGCCAAAGACCUACAUUGCAGUGGUGGGGAACACCGGGGCAGGGAAAAGCAGCUUGUUAAAUGCCUUGCUGGAUGAGGAAGCGGUGCUGCCUACAUCUGCCAUGAGAGCCUGCACUGCUGUGGUGGUGGAGAUCUCCAAGACUGGUGGGAAGAGUCUAUAUGAAGCAGAUGUGGAGUUUCUUUCUAAAGAAGAGUGGGAUAAUGAGCUGAAAGCUCUCCUGGAAGAUAUGAAAGACAAAUCAGGUAACUUAAAGAAACGAUGCCCAGAUCGCAAGACUGAAGCUGGCGCUGCCUAUAGUCGUGUGAAAGCUGUAUAUGGGACAAUAGCAGAACUUCCAAAGCUGAUAGAGAUGAAGGAGGUGACUCAGCAUCUUGGGACCAUAAAGCACAUCUCUGCAGAGAAGGCAGCAGAUUUUCGCACAAAAAUAGAGAAAUUCAUUGAUUCUCGGACUGAUAACUUACGCGACAUGAAAGGUGGAGAAUUUUGGCCCAUUGUUAAAUGUGUCAAAAUCCGUGUUCCUGGUGCUGAUGUCUUGAAGACUGGGGCAGUUCUGGUGGAUUUGCCUGGAAUAAGAGAUUCCAACGCUGCCAGGGAUAAUGCUGCCAAAGAGUAUGUAAAGAACUGCAAUGCAGUAUGGGUAGUAGCCAACAUCACCAGAGCAGUGGAUGAUAAGACUGCCAAAGAAAUGCUGAGUGAAAACUUGCGGAGGCAGCUACUCAUGGAUGGCCAAUAUGGGAGUUUAGCUUUUGUUUGUACUAAGACUGACAGCUUCAACGUUACAGAAAUAAUGAGUGAUCUGGAUUUAAGAGAUGAAAUCCAGCCCAUAGAAAAAUCACUGGAAGAGCUGGAAAAUCAGCGGGUGCAAAUGGAGAUGGAGAAGGACACACUUUAUGCUCAACUCCAGCAAGAGCAACAGCAAGGACCUGGAGCAGAAAAUCCAGCCUCAUUCCAGAAAGAAAAUGAUCUUAGGAAGAAAAUCCUAGAGAAGGAAUUCAGAAUUAGUAAUUUGCAAAGAGAGAAAGAUAUGAAGCUUCGUGACAUUAGUCUGAUCUGCGUUCAGUCCCGAAAUAGGUUUUCCAAACAGCGGAUUUGGGUGGAUUUCAACAACGGCCUUCAGGAAAUGAGAAGAAAAGCAGCAUUUGCUGAGGAUGAUGAAGAUGAAGAAGAAGAGGAGACUGAGGAUGAAGAGUUAGCUACUUCAGACACAAGUGACCCUGGUGAAGUUGAAUCCCAGCAUGGGAAACUUCAGGUUUUCACAGUCAGCUCUACAGAAUAUCUAAAAUUGCAUGGAAAACUGCUCCGAGAUGGGCAGCCACAAGUAUUCCACAAUGAGGAGGAUACAGAAAUACCAGCUCUAAAGAAGUUUGCCAUUCACACGGCCUUGCAGCAUAGCAUGGUGGCAACAGAGAAGGUGAUCAGAAAUGUGGCUCGUGUCAUAAGUCAAGUGGUCAAUUAUCUGACCAAUCAGAGAGCAGAGGACAGUUCUCACCAGGCUCAGGUCCAAGAAAUCGUGCAGGAGUGCCUGUCAAGACUACCCAUGCUCCUUCAGGAGGCAGUGGAAGACAGCCUCCAUGAUAUCCAGUACUAUUUUUCUGUCCUCGUUCUCGCCAAUCUAAAGAGAGGAGCCAGAAGGGCAGAGGAGCUGUGCGAAGACAAAGUCAGAAGUUGGGGUUUACCUGUAAGAUACAUGCUUUUGCUUGCCAAACCCUCUCCUAUGCUGUCACUUGCAACACCCUUGCCACUGUGCCUGCCUCUCAAGCCUGGUGCUGCCUUUCACUGCUCUUUCCUUCUGCACUUACAUUAUAGUACCCCUGUGCUUUCCAUGUACUGUGUUCUGUACAAAGUCAAGUAUAAAAUGAUGCUAAUGCUGAUCUAUGUUGGAGGUCUGUGAUGAGGACUAUCUAGUGUGUUUUUGCAUCACUCUAAAAAUGCUAUGUAACUGGGAUGGGGUGUUGGUAGUGGUAGUUUCAGG